CCCCAUUGACGACAUACACGACUACGUGGAUUUGGCCAAGGUGCGUGCUACUGGAUGAUGUGCCUCGAUGGAUCAGUGGAGGGCAUCAGAUGCCCAGUCUUCGCCAGUGCAGUGACUGCCACAGGCAACGGCGGCGUGGCAUCUAGUCCAAGCCUGGCUCAGACGUACUAUGCAGCUCGGCUUUGGGCCGUUUUCCUUCUCUCUUUGUGUUCUUGUUUCACCCCAAGGACAAUCUCCUGUAAUAUUGAUGUUGGGCAUCCUGCGCUGGAGGAUGCAAAGUGGAACUUGAAUCGUAGGAAUGCAAGCAGGUAGUGAGAACCGGAUACCUGCACAAAUCACCGAGGCCUGAGCCUGCUUUGACUGGGUUCAGCAAGGUACCGCAGGCAAUCUACCUAUCUGCAAUGAAGAAGCGCUAGCGGCAGCUGCCCUUCCUCCACCUGCCUCAAUGUCCAACCCCCCUUCUUUACUUCCACCAACCGUCGCAACGCCAGUGCACCAGAACAGAGACCAAUGCCGGCAUCCAACUGUCCUUUCCACUCCUCAACUCAUAUGCCAUGAGAGUCGCAGUUCACCCGUGCAAUACUGUCGAUUUGUCACUCACCUAGCCACGGCCAAGCCCUCGUGGUACAACUGUCCCCCGGUCCUGCUUUGAGAUCUCAUCUCACUAUCGUCUCACCAACAACUCAGGCCACGCCCUUCCUUCUCUUCAUCCCCACAUCGACCGCCGUCCCUGUGAGUCGCGACGGCCUACCACUCACGAUGCAAUCUAUGCAAAGGCAGUUUGGCAAGCUCAUGAGCAAGAGCCCCGGCGACAAUGCCAAAGUCGCCGCUGUCUUACACGACUACGAGGAUGCAGAGAGACUGCUGGGCAAGAUCAUCGAGAAUACGAAGACUCUACGUGAUGCUUGGGUAGCCAUGGCUACUAGCCAGUGGGCUAUCGUGAAGGAGUACGAGGGCCUGUACGACCCAAUCGUUGGAGCCUCCGAGGGGCACGCCCGCUCUGGCACCGUGACGCCCCAACUACAGCUUGAUCGCACCUUCAAGCUUAGUGGAGCUUAUUCCGACCUCAAGGACGAGCUCAUCGGAGAAGUGACAGCCAUUGAUUCGCAGGUCAUUCGCCCAGCCACCGAAGCUCGCGAUUACAUCCAGCCACUUCGCAAAACCAUCAAAAAGCGCGAGAACAAACGGCUGGAUUACGAAAAGGCCCAGGACAAGGUCAAGAAACUCCAAAAAAAGACAGGAAGGACGCCCAAAGAAGAGGCUCAGCUAUCAAAGAUCGAAUUUGAAAUGUCUUGCGCUUCCGAGGAGUUCGAGGCUGCAGACGCUCACCUUCGAGAUGCCUUACCUCCUAUCAUCGAAGCUAUAUUUACCCUCAUUCCUCACUUGCUAGCCUCUCAUGUCUGCAUCCAAAACAGGCUUCUCGGACUGUACUACACCAUGCUUCACAACUACUGCGAGGACCAAGACUUCCCUUCUCCUCCGCCUCCCAUGGCGAAUGUGGUAUCCGCUUGGUCUGCAUCGUUUCUGCCGGUGCAGAGAGAGUUGGAGUCCAUCAGCUGCAUAGCGCACGGCAAGAACUGGAGGCAACCUGCCAGGGUAGGCGAUGACGGACAGAGUCGAACGUCCUCCACAUCGUCAGUGUCUUCGCGCAAUGGCUUCUCUCGGACACCAUCUGGUAUGAAUGAAAGCGCAGUACCAUUGCCGAGGGUGAUGCGAAUUCCUUCAGCCACCUCGGUCAACCGAUCCGCCUUCGCUUCAGAUGUCUCUCCGCAACCAAGUCCGCAAUCGGGCACUACCAACAUCUCCCGCUCGCAGCUUGGCCUCCCAACUGACUUCACAACCGCCACAGCUCUGGGACAUCCUCAAGGCGCUUCCAGCGUAUCGCCGGUCUACACAAGCUCACGCACGGAGUACUUUGGACAUGAACCGGGUCCUCAAUCAAAUCGCAGCAAUGCCUUGGCGAAGAAGAAGCCACCGCCACCGCCACCAGCGAAGCGCUUCAAGGCUCCUGACGAGUACGUCGUGGCCCAGUACGACUUUUCAGGAGGGGAGGGAGACUUGAGUUUUCGUGAGGGAGACAGAAUCAAGAUUGUCAAGAAGACAGGGACAGACCAGGACUGGUGGGUGGGCGAGCUGGGCGGCGUAAAGGGUAGUUUUCCUGCCAAUUAUUGCAAGGCCAUCUGAGGUCUUGGGACAGGUUGGUUAAAGUCAUCCAAUGCCGCCACCAAGGGUUUUUGCAUUAGCCGCGAAUGGUGAAGUAAAGCAGCUCUGUAUCGAAGGAUAAUUUUAUGAGGAACGCAAACUCCGCGUCGCAUCAGUAACCGGGCAGAUAAUUGCACUGUAGUGGCAUGACCACGCAACAUGGCCCAGGUCGGUGACGAGGGCAGAAGUAACAUAUCCCCAGCAACAAGAAGGAACAUCCUUCUUGCCACUCUUCUCUCUGUCCUUGAACGCGCCUUCAGCCAGAUACUGAAAUAGACAAACCCGCC